AUGUCGGUCAAUCGUAACUACGGAGCAUCAUAUGAACAAUUCAGUAACCAGUUCACGACUCUAUCUCAUCCUGUAGAUCCACCUCAACAAAACUCAAUCAUCAUAUACACCAUUUUAUUGGUGUUACUAGCUUUCGGAUCGUUAUCCACCACAUUAUUAGGAGAUAUUAAGAAUAAGAGCUUUUUGGCUUAUUUUCUCAAUUCGUUAGUGGCGCUGAGCAAGAGAGACGAGUAUUCAAAUGACCCAAAUGUGUUUGAACUAACAGCUACAAAUUUCAAUAAAAUCAUUCAUCACACAAAUUACACUACCGUGGUCAAAUUCUAUGCACCAUGGUGUGGCUAUUGUCAACAGUUGAAACCCGUAUGGACGAAAUUGGCCAACCAUUUUGCAAAAGACUCGCAAUUGGCCAUCAACGUGGCAAGUUUGAAUUGUGACAAGUACGAAAAUAAGCAAUUGUGUAGCCAGUACCGUAUACAGGGCUUCCCCACAUUGAUGGUAUUUAGACCUCCCAAAUUUGGUGAGGAUGGUAAUUGGAAGAAAUCAAAGAGACAUGCGAGCGAAGUGUAUACGGGACCACGGAAUUUGAAGUCAAUACUGCAGUUUGCUACAUCGAGAAUAAAGAAUUAUGUAAAGAAAUUACAUAACAUGGACAAUGAUUUUAAGGAUUGGGUACUGCAAAAUAGUGAUACUCCCAAGGUUCUCCUCAUUAACAAGUCUAAUCUGGUAAGUCCCUUGUUGAAAACAUUGGCGAUUGACUAUUUAUCAAGAGUAGAUUUCGCCAUGUUGGGGAAGCACAACGAUGAAGCAAAGGUUGUCAGCUUGGAUGGUAAAGAAGUGGAAAUUCCAAUUACUGAAAAGUCAACAUUGUUUUAUUAUGAUGGAGAACUGGGCAAAUUAAUUGCAUACGAUGAAUCCAAGAAAUUGGAUGACAAAUUAAACUUGAGUAAAUGGAUUUCCAAAGUUACUGGCGUUGAGCCAGUUGAAGGUCCAUUAUCUAAAAAGGGGAGGAAAUUAGAAAAGUAUAGAACUGGUAAGAAAAAGGUAGAGCAUGAUGAGUUAUAG